CAGCCUCGAUUAGUGAAGUACUAAAUUUUGAUAGUCUGGCAGUCCUGCCUCUUUUUUUUUUCAGUUCUGAGUCGUUGGAUUUGAGGCAAAUGACAUUUGACAAGUGACAAAUGAAAUAAAAAAGCAAUAAAUCCAAGCGACCCAACAAUUUCGGAAAUUGUCGCAAUUAUCAGCUCGAAAACAAAAAAAUAGGUUGAGUCUGAAAUGGGGAAAGAUAAGAAGCAUAAGAAGUCCAAGAGGUCCAAGCAGGAGUUCACGGAUGAGUCCAAAUGGGAGACGGAUAAACCAGAGCAAAACUUUGACUGGGUGGGUUGGUUUCCACGCGUCCUGUCGGAGCCGCUCGCCCAAGAGAUGUUCAUGGCCAAUCUGGGAAUGACGAAGACAUCGUAUGUCAUCGAUGGACAGAGCAGCGGCAGCAGCAGCAGCAGCACCACUACCCGAGUCACCCGUCAAAUGCGCAUGAAUAAAAAAACUGAGCGCAUUAUAACAAUUCAUCCUGUCAUUGGCGAGGUGCAAGCCCACAUGGUAGAGGUGGAGGCGCACAUCUACGACCAGAUUCAACUGGCCAAGAAUGUGGAAACAGAACGCAUAUUACGAGAGGAGCAGUCGGACGCAUUUCCAAAAUUUCCUUUCGAUCUGCCACUUGAAUCGCAGCUAAGAUGCAAUGACUGCAGAAAGCGCGAGGGCCUCAAAUAUGUCUGCGAUCGCUGCGUCCAGCCGUUCCAUCAGGAGUGCCAUCUGGACGGUGGUCUCUCCUACCUACAUAACGUGUGCCCCAUAUGCGUCCGCCAACUUAAUGCUCAACGCGAUGCCAUAGAAAAUGCCAAAUAAACUAAUUUUAGUUUGAUAUUUGUAUAGAUUUAAUUGCCACUCCCAAUAAUGCCAAGCAUUUCUUUUCAAAUACAUUUUACAAAUGAAUAAA